UGAAUCUGAUACUUUCCUUCUAAUCUGUCUCUCUUCUCCUUAAUGUUGUCUUGGGCUCUUAAUAUAAAUGACACUAAACUCAACACUCCCAUCUCAUUAUUCAUUUCCCCAUAUAAUAUCUUCCUCCUUUCAUUAUGGCCGCUCGCUUUGGUCGUUCCCUGUACCGUUUCUCUUCUGUCAACCGCCCCACUGCCCCCGCCCCCCGCUAUCCUUCAACGGAACCCCGACCUAGCUCGCCCACCACUGAGCCCCGUCCUGCUUCUCCACCGUCUUCUCGUCUGAUCGCCUCACCCCCCAACCCCGUACACAAAUACCCCAAGUCACCCGAGCCCAAACAGAAGGCGAUGGUCCACAAGGGCGUCGAGAAGGCGGCGAAGUCGGAGCGUUAUCUCGAUUCGGGCAGGACCCAGAAGGCGCAGCAGCCAAAUGCAAUAAACAUCGCGGGAGAAAAUGUUGGGGCGGUGAUGGAAAUCGUUGAGUCCUCAAAAGGGGAAGGGGGACACGUUAUGAAGAAGAAAGAGACGCCGAGAGGUGUAGUGAGCAACGCCGACGACACUGUCAAUGAUCAAGACAAGGACGCUUCUAAACACCACAAGGCCGGCGCCCAAAAAGCACCCGCUUCCUCAUCACUGCCGACAACCACUUUUCUGAACAACAAUUUUCAAAGCGUAAACAAUUCCCUUCUUUUCGAUGCAUCUUUGGCUCACCGUGACCCCGGUUUGCACCUCGCUUUCUCCCGGAACCGGACCGGCGACCGGUUCACUCUUGAUGACAAGAAGCAGCACCACGCAAUACACUAGAAAAAAGAAAAAAAAAAUACAAAUAUCUAUACAUAUAUAUAUCUCGUUAUCUUAUGAGAAUAAAAUGAAUUAUGUUCUUAUUUUAUGUUAAAAGAGAAAAAAAAUGAAAAUUUUAUCGUCUAUGUUUGAAUCUCCGUCUCGUUUCCAUAAAAAUAAAUAAAAAUUUGAGUAGAGAUGAGAAUGAGAAAGGUGUUUUCGUC